UCUCCCCCUCCCCUAUCCCCAUCUUUCUUCACCCCAAAUCAAUCCUCUCUCUCUCUCUCUCUCUCUCUCUCUCUCUCUCUCUCUCUACUUGUCCACCCCUCUCUCUCUCUCUCUCUCUCUCUCUCUCUCUCUCUCUCCUCCUAUACUUGUCCACCCCUCUUUCUGAUCCAAUAUCCAAAAACCUCUCUCCUCUCUCCUCUUUCUCUAACAAGGAAAAAAGAGUCUUAUAAAAGAAAUGGGAACUUUGGUGGGACACGUGGCGCCAGGAUUUGGAUUCUUUGUCAUAGGCUUAUGGCACCUACUAAACCACAUCAAACUCCACGCCCAAAACCCAAACUCGUACAAAUCCAAGCCAUGGUUCCCGGCCUCGAAACUGAAAUACCUAGAGCUCUUCUUGAUUAUGGGCGGCUGCUCCGCGUCCAUAGCCAUGGAGCUCUUCAUCGGCCCGGAGCGGCACCAACCGCUCGACGACGACCUCACCAUCCCGUCCAACCACCUCCACAACUUCGAGCACUCCAUCAUCUCCCUCACCUUCUUCCUCUACGCCGCGUUCGCCAUCGUUUUCGACAAGGUUGCCCCCAAAAAGACUCAAUUCUCCCUCACCCAGCUCCUCGGCGCGGCCGCCUUCGGCCAGCAGCUCCUCGUCUUCCACCUCCACUCCUCCGACCACAUGGGGGUCGAAGGCGAAUACCACCUUCUACUCCAACUUGUCAUCUCCGUCGCUCUCGUCACCACUCUCAUGGGCAUUGGUUACCCUAACAGUUUCUUGAUAAGUUUUGUUAGGUCAAUCAGCAUAGUUUCCAUAGGUCUUUGGCUUGCGGUCAUGGGAUUCAUGUUGUGGACCCCGGAGUUCAUCCCAAAAGGAUGCUUCAUGCAUCUGGAGGAAGGUCAUAAAGUUGUUAGAUGCCAUGACGAUGAAGCUCUCGACCGGGCGAAAUCGCUCGUGAACAUAGAGUUCAGUUGGUACAUGAUUCUUGUGAUCGUUUCCUCCAUGUGCUUGUACUUGUACAUGAUCAAAAUCCAUGGGGAGAAAGUCGAAUACCAAACGUUGUCCAAGUACGAAUUGGGAGACGAAGACGAGGAGGAGGCGGGGGGAGACGACGUGGAGGCUCAGAAGAAAAUCAACGCCGGCGCGUCCAAGAGCUUUGUUCAGAUGGGAAAAGGCUUUGCUGCAAUGGAUAUUGAAAGGUAGAAAAAACGAAGAAGAAAAGAGGAGAGGGUUAUUUGUGAAUUGUGUAAAAAAAAAAAAAAUUACAAUUACGUUUGUGGGUUUUUUUUUUUUUUUUUGUUUUGUUUUGCUCUUGGGUUAGAUUAAGCCUUGUUGGCUUGUUAAAAUUAAUGAGUCAAAGCAUUUGGGUGAAUAGUUGAGACGGAAAAUAGUCGAGAUGCUUAUAAUUAAGUUGUUCCAAAUAUCCGAUAUUAUCGAAGAUGAAAAUUGGGGGUGGGAUAGUGUUGUUUGGUCUGGUUUGAUGGCUUUUAGCUUAGGGGUGAGUCAAUUGUGUUUUGUUUUUUGUAUAUAAAAGUAAGAGAUGGGAUCAGUAAGUUGUUUGUCCACCACCAGCUUGUAAAAGGUCUAUUAUCCGAAUGAUUAUUCAGUAGUUUAGAAA